CAAUCAUUCUAUCUCGUUCCUUGACUCCGUGAUCCAUCACGUUGACACGACAACAAGACACACAUUCCUCUCCUGCUGGCAGGAUUCUUCAAUUUCCACUCUUUCCUGGACAUUCUUCGUCCGUCUAUCAUUCCAAAGUCUCUAUUUAAUACGAGCUGUCUCUCUCUUUCUCUUCUCCCUCUUUCCCCCUCCCCUCGAUCUACAACCCUCUAGACACAUCUCAACUAGAUCAUAUACAAUGGCCAACUACCCAUACACCAUGGACCAAAGGUCCACUGCAUACACGGACCAAAGGCCCGAGUCCCUCAACCGUCUCGCCCUGCAGGAAUUCGUGCGACAACCGGUGACGCGCGAGAUGGUGGCUCACCUGGCCCUGCAAGCCUCGCGGGUCAUCCGCUGCGAGUCCCAUGUGACGGCGACACCGCAUGGAAAUCAUCACGGUCAACCCACGCCCCCGAGCACGCCUCCCCUCGACGACCACGAGGCCGGCAACAAUAAUCCCCCGCUACCUUCGGUCGAACUCUUCAUCACCUCGCUCGUCACCCGCUCCCAAGUCCAGGUGCCCACCCUCAUGACCUCCCUCGUCUACCUGGACCGCCUGCGCGCCCGGCUCCCCCCAGUCGCCAAGGGCAUGCGCUGCACCGUCCACCGCAUCUUCCUCGCUGCCCUCAUCCUCGCCGCCAAGAACCUCAACGACUCCAGCCCCAAGAACAAGCACUGGGCCCGCUAUACAGCCGUCAAGGGCUACAACGGCUUCUGCUUCUCCCUCCCCGAGGUCAACCUCAUGGAGCGCCAGCUGCUCUUCCUCCUCGACUGGGAGACCCGCGUCUCGGAAACCGACCUCUUCGACCACCUCGAGCCCUUCCUGGGUCCCAUCCGCCACCGCUACAUGCUCCAGGAGCGUCAAGCCGCGCACCAGACGCCCCCGCGUGAGUGGCGCCGCUUCCACGCCUCCGCCGAGCUCCUCGCCUGCCGUCUCCGCCGCCAGAAGCUCGAGGCCCGUCUCGAAGCCCGCCGCUCUGUCAACCACCACCACCACCACCCCUCCAUUCGGCGCCACCUACCCCCUAGCCCGGCCUCGUCCACCGCGUCCAUGUCUCCCGCUUCACUAGCCGACUCCGACCGCUAUAGACCGUACUCCAUCCGCCGCCGGCCCUCCUCCCGACACGGCGUGUCAGUCUCCCCGCCCUCCAUCCAAGACGUCCCGGGCCUUUCCCGCGCAGAGACCCUUCCCUCGCUCAGCUCGCGCGCCUCCAGCGUCGCUUCCACCAGCUCCCGCGGCACACCCGCCAGCCUCCGCACCUCCAGCUCCACAGCCAGCAUGGCUGUCCUCGACGAUGUGACUGCCAGCCCGUCCUACACCGGCUACGUCCAUCUCUCUGCUGAGCCUAAGCACGACGGAGCCUAUCUGCCCUUGCACCAGCAGCCGCAGCAACCGUCUAAGAAAUCGCGGGUGUCCACGCACGGCAGCUCCGGGUUCAUGGCGCGGAUUUUGGCCUCGGCUGCGGGAUCGUAUAUGGGACGACGACCUGUUUAGAGUCUAGACUUAGACUGUUGUUGUUGUUUACUUCUCUAUGUCUUGUCUGUUCUGUCUACCAGUACACUGUCACUUUUUACCACGGUUGAGCGGGUCUCGCCUAUUUACUAAUACCCUUUAUUUGUUUUACACAUUACACCACACGGCACGGCACUCCAUACCCCAGAGGUUUAGUCUUGGUCCCUUCUUUUCUCAUACGCAACCUAUUCCCCUUCGAUUUCCAUUCCCAUUCGAACCCUACCCACCUACCCUCCUCUUCCAUUCAUCUACCCUAUCUACCCACUAUACCCAUUCCCCAUUCCCGCAAUAUCAACGACUUAAAUUGCACACUCUCCCUCUCUUUCUCCCUCUCCCCCUUUGUCUCUUGGUAUACGAUAUCCUAUCUUGGAUCUUCCUACGCAGGUACCUUAUGUAUGCAUAUGCGUUAGAUGAACCCUGCAGAACCGCGAGCACUAGUAUUUAGGUAGUUAUUAAUAUGAUAUGAUAUGAUUUUGA